CAUUUUUCCUUGUUAGAUCUCAAAUUUCUCUUCGUUUUUUUUGUUUGUUUGUUUCUCGAGAAAAAAAAUAUUUUCCUUUCGAGAAGGGAAAAGGAACUUCCUGCUUCUUUUGAGUUCUUGAAGUCUCUUCAUUGUAUUAUUAUUCCAAAAGUUUCAAGACCUGAUUUCUUUUCUCUUAACUUUUUUUCUUUUGCUUCCGGUGAUUUGACUCAUUCUUCCUCCUCCUUUUUUCUUAUUCAAUAGUUUGCUUCUCGGUGCUAAAAAAAACGCUGUAAUCAUUCUUCUGUUCAUUUCUGAUUUUUUCGUGGUUUUCGUAAAAUUUGGCCUGUUAAUCAUUAAAUUCGAGUUUUUAUAUUUUCCCCGUUUUUUAUAAAGAGUGUUGAUAUUUGCUUCGUCAACGUUCUGAGAUGAAAAGAGUAGUUGACCUUGCUUAAAUUUAAGCUCUUCUUAGCUACAGUUGAUGAAGUUCCUGCAUGCGUGUGGAUGAUCUAUAGCCUCCAUUUUAGCGAAACAUAGUUAUAAUUUAAGUUUUGGGGGUUCUUUGUUAGUGCCAAAAAUAAAUGUCGUUCCGAAGUAUAGUUAACGAUGUGAGGGAUGCUUUGGGGAGCUUAUCUAGGCGUAGUUUGGAGGUGAGAUUGCCUGGUCAUCAUAAGGGAAAAUCUAAUGGUUCAGUGCUUGAGUUGAAUGAUGAGCCCAUGGUUAUCCAGAAUAGCCGCUGGGCGAGCCUUCCGCCAGAGCUGUUGCGUGAUGUGAUCAAGAGAUUGGAAGCGAGUGAGAGCAACUGGCCUGCUCGCAAGCAUGUUGUUGCUUGUGCUGCAGUAUGCAGGUCAUGGAGGGAAAUGUGCAAAGAAAUUGUUAGAUGUCCCGAGUUCUCCGGGAAAAUCACCUUUCCAGUUUCUCUGAAGCAGCCUGGGUCAAGGGAUGGAACCAUUCAAUGCUUCAUUAAGAGAGACAAAUCUAAUUUAACUUAUCACCUUUUCCUUUGCCUUAGUCCUGCUUUGCUUGUUGAAAAUGGGAAAUUUCUUCUUUCUGCAAAACGGACCCGUAGAACUACUUGCACAGAGUAUGUAAUCUCUAUGGAUGCAGAUAACAUAUCCAGAUCUAGCAGCACAUACAUUGGAAAACUCAGGUCCAACUUUCUUGGUACCAAAUUCAUAAUUUAUGACACACAACCUCCAUACAACAAUGCUCAGCUUUCACCACCUGGCCGAAGCCGAAGGUUCUAUUCGAAAAAAGUCUCCCCAAAGGUUCCCACCGGUAGCUACAACAUUGCUCAGGUUUCAUAUGAGCUAAAUGUCCUAGGUACUAGGGGACCUCGUAGGAUGCAUUGCAGUAUGUACUCAAUUCCUGCCUCAGCUGUUGAGCCAGGUGGCAUUGUCCCUGGUCAACCGGAGCUUAUCCCUCGAUCCCUUGAAGACUCAUUUAGGAGCAUCUCUUUCUCAAAGUCAAUUGACAACUCAUCUGAGUUUAGUAGUGCCAGAUUCUCAGACAUUGUUGGAACCCGUGAUGAAGAGGAUGAAGGGAAGGAUAGGCCAUUGAUACUCAGGAACAAAGCACCAAGAUGGCAUGAACAGUUACAGUGUUGGUGCCUGAACUUCCGGGGACGUGUAACCGUUGCAUCUGUGAAGAAUUUUCAGCUGAUUGCUGCAAACCAACCAGCAGCCGGAGCGCCAACACCGUCGCAGCCAGCCCAAUCAGACCACGACAAGAUAAUUCUCCAGUUUGGUAAAGUUGGGAAGGACAUGUUUACCAUGGACUACAGAUAUCCACUGUCAGCAUUUCAGGCAUUUGCCAUCUGCCUGAGCAGCUUUGACACCAAAUUGGCAUGUGAAUAGAUGAAAAAAGUGACAAAUGUUGAGCAAAUACAACAUUUAGCUCGGUAUUGAGUCUCUUUUACUUUCUAGAAAUUGAUAGGAUGGGGUGUUGCAUGCAGUGUUAUUGUACAAUUGGUAGCCAGAAACUGGCAAAAAGGACACGAAAACAUUUGUUCACCUUUCUUUCCAUUUUAUCUUCCUCGUUGCAUUUUCAUUUUGUCUCCUUUGAGAUAGAUUGCUGUAUUCUGUUGUUUCAGUCUUUGAAAAUUAUGUGAAAACAACAGUUGAGAGUCGGAAGUAAAAGUUUAGUACGUUCAUGGA